AUGUCCGAUAAAUUGUCCGAAGCCCAAAUUUCUGAAUUCAAAGAAGCAUUUUCCCUUUUUGAUCAAGAUCAAGAUGGCAAGAUUACUUCCAAAGAGCUAGGAAUUGUGAUGCGCUCUUUGGGUCAAACUCCAACAGAGAGUGAAUUGAACGAUUUAAUCCGAGAGAUUGAUAGCAAUACCGAUGGAAGCAUAGAUUUCCCCGAGUUUUUAACAAUGAUGGCUAGGAAAAUGAGAGACUCUGAUAGUCAAGCCGAAAUCUUCGAGGCUUUCCGAGUAUUUGACAAGGAUGGCGAUGGAAAAAUCGACAAGGGUGAACUGAAACAUGUUCUGACUUCCAUCGGUGAGAAGUUGACAGAGGAGGAGGUUGACGAGAUGCUUAGAGAAGCUGAUACUAACAAUGAUGGUGUUAUUGACAUCAAGGAAUUUUCCAAUCUCCUAGUUAAUAAAUAG